CACGCUCUCCGUGUCCCCCCUCUCGCCUCUCGCACGCAGCACACAGCACACAGCACAAGGCACGCGCGCCCCGCUCACCGGGCAGAAGCAGAAGCACGCCGACGGCCGUCGCCACCGGGAAGCAGCCUCCGGCACCGUACCGCACACUCACGGAGCGAGCAGGAUGAGGAGGAGGAGCGCACUGGGCAGCGCGGCGCUGCUGCUGGCGGCCGGGCUGUGGCUGGCCGGCCCGGGCCCGGGCCCGGCGCCCGUGGCGGCGCGCGCCAUGCUGCUGCCGCUGCCGCGCGACGCCGCCAGGUUCGCUGCGGCCGCCGCAGCCGCCGAGGCAGAGUACGACGCCGUCGCCGGCGUCAACUGGCCGGACGACGAGCCGCCGCCCCAGGGGCUCAGCCAGGAGGAGCAGACGCGGCUGCUGCGCAUGCUACUGCUACGCAUGAUGCAGGAGCGUGACCAGCACGCGCAGGCCGACCACGACGCCGGGCCGCUGCUGGAGCCGGGAGAUGUCGCAGACGACCCCGACGGAGACGGCGAACACCCGCUCGCGUACGGCGGCCCGCACACUCCCGAUGACAAGAGGAACUUGCAGGGGAUGAUGCCGACGCUGUGCCACUUCAAGAUUUGCCACAUGGGCCGGAAGCGGAACCAGCAGAAGGGCGCGAGAACCGCGCACUGAGCGACGCCACGCCGCGCCACGACGCCGACGCCGACGUCGAUGGCGACGCCUCCACUCCGCAUCGCGCCUCCGCCUUCGCAGCCGCCGUUUGCACCUUUUCGCUGCUCUAACCCGAUUCUCUAGGCAGACGCAAUGAAUCUGAGCCGCUUACAGCUAUUCUGUUGCUCUAGCUUCUGACUGUCGACCGAAAUGUACUUACGCGCGUAUGUACGGUCCGCUGGACGAACUGGAGUACUACGCCAUUUUUCUUAGUAUUAUCGUUUCUUACCCGCUAACCUCGAACUAAUCUUAACUGAAUGCAAUGCAGUAUUAAUAUGUAGUCACUUGUGCCGUGAUUACUUCUCGCUGUUCAUUCGCUCGGUACCUUGGAAGCACGGUGGGGUGAACAGCAUGCAAACCGCUGUGAACUUGUCUCCGUGAGACGAUGUUUAGCUCCAAUUUCUUCCACACAUUGAGGUGAAAGACGCAAAGAUCCUUCAUAAUGGAUAAUGUUCACCUACAGCACAGAGCUACUGGUAACCACGGUGUAUUCUCACCGGUAUCUCAGUACACAGAUACAUAGGUGAACUUUGAUAUCUGUGCAGCAGAGCAUUCUCUCUACCUAUGACUUUCGUGAAAGUCCAUACAUUAUGUGAAACAGAUCUGCCUCGAAGCAUAGUGGCGGUAAGACAACGCUAAACGAAAAAUACGCUCCACCGUUGCAAACUUCGAACUCAAGUUACUGCACCGGGGCCUUUGGCAGUAGCAGAGUCAGAGAUCGUCACUGCAAGUUCACUCCCACAUUCGGGUCUGAAAGUCCCCCAUACAGUUUACAACAAUGACAAUAAAAUACCUAGAUGAUCCUUUGUAGAUAAUGUUGUGUAAACUGGAAGAGCCGAACAAUUAACUACAGAGGUAUUUAUGUCUGUCUAAAGUAUUGUAUCUUUGCAUGAAUUUAACACUACAUAUUGUAAUAAAUUAUUGGUUCGUUAA